AAAGCUCUCAGAAGAAGUCUGUCAGUAUCGCGAGGUUUAGGGAGCCGCUGUUCUAACACAGAUACACUGGACAGGAUCCUGCACGCAUUCUGCCCUUUCAGUGGACCGUACUGAUAGGCAGUCAUGCGUUCUUUCUUAACGUCCUCCGUGCUAUUCUCCUUCCUGCUACAGUCUGUGGCAGCACAGGAGGACUGGCAGAAGGCAAAGACCAUUUAUGAGUUCUCUGCCAAGGACAUCGAUGGGAACGAGGUUUCCCUGGAGAAAUACAGGGGUUUCCUCUGCAUCAUCACCAACGUUGCCUCCAAAUGAGGCAAGACCCCGGUAAACUACUCUCAGUUUGCUCAGAUGCACGCCAAGUACGCUGAGAGAGGUUUACGCAUCCUGGCCUUCCCGUCCAACCAGUUUGGCAAGCAGGAGCCGGGAACAGAGGAGCAGAUUAAGAACUUUGCCCAGUCCUACAAUGCGGAGUUCGACCUAUUCAGUAAGAUUGAUGUGAACGGGCCGGAUGCUCACCCCCUGUGGAAAUGGCUGAAGGAGCAGCCCAAUGGCAAGGGGAUUCUGGGAAACUACAUCAAGUGGAAUUUCACCAAGUUUCUCAUAGACAGAGAGGGAAAGGUUGUGAAAAGAUAUUCACCACUGCAGGACCCAAGUGAAGUGGAAAAGGACAUCCACAAGUACCUGUAAUCCCCUCCGAAAUGACUGAAGCAUCCUCCGUGUCAUGAUCCCUCCUCUUACCCCCUCACCCUGCUUGCCGUCCUCUCCCAUGGCCUGCUGGGAGCUGGUGCGUCCAUUCCCCCAGACCAGUGACGGCCUGUCCACAAACCCGCUCGUCGGACAGGGCAGGCCUGAUGACUUCGGCGUGCAACCCCCCUGGGAGGACGCCUUGCCCCCAGCCAAACCAUCUGAGAGGACCCUUGCGCUUUCUUCCGCUUCUGUUUACACCUACUAAUUCCAAAAAUAUGAAAAAACAUGUAUAGCUGAAAACAUAUUUCUACUGUUCUGUGCAACAAUAAAUUCACACAGCCAUUC